AUGUCUUCAUUACCAGCUACUCAGUUACAGACACAAACAGAGACGCAACUGCCGUCGAGCAUCACCAACGGAUCCGCUACCGAUCACGGCCCUAACUACGAAAUCUUGACGCUCAUUUGCGCUGCAUCCUCGAAGGAUAUACCGAAUCAGACUAUCACUCGCGGAGUUGCUGGUUCAAUCCCGGGAUGGCGUGCAGGAAGACACCAUUCAUGCGAACUUGUCUUACAAGGGUCACGGUAUAGCGGUAUUCAUUUUCGGAUCAUUGAAGCACCGAGGAACAUACAGGCGCCGUCGCAGGCAACGAAUGCAUCAGUCCCGAUAGUCUUGAUCGAGGACUUAUCGACGAAUGGGACUUUCGUGAACUUGAAGCGGCUCGGGAAGGGGAAUAGAUGCGUGCUCGCGCAGGGUGAUGAGAUAUCUUUGGGACAUGGUGUGAAAGAGGACGAAAUCAGGUUUAUUGUGCGUCUUGCGCGACCGGCGGGAAAGGAGGCGUUAAAAGGUUUCGAUUCGAAGUAUACUCUCGCGGAGGUACUGGGGAAGGGAUCGUUCGCAACAGUCCAUCGAGCCGUUUCGAGGAGUACGGGGCAGUCCGUAGCAGUCAAGGUCAUACGCAAGAAGAGGUUCGCGGCACUCCCUCAAGCAAGCGUUCUCUUUCGAAGAGAAGUCGAGAUUUUACGCCAACUUGAACAUCCCAGUGUCGUGGAGUAUGUUGAUUACUUCGAGGAUCAAUCUACAAUCUGGUUAGUCAUGGAAUUGGUGCCUGGGGGAGAUCUGGGGGAGUUAGUUUCUGAACAAGGACCCUUCACCUCGGAUGACACAUGGACAAGGAUCAUUGUGAAGCAAAUCUUGGAAGGCGUACAAUACCUUCACAGUCUCGGCAUUACUCACCGAGAUCUGAAACCGGAGAACAUUCUUCUUCGUGACGAUUAUGCUCACGAGGAACCGACUGCCAAAAUCACAGACUUCGGACUUGCGAAAGCGAUUAGUCCGACAGCCGCCACUCAAGCCACAUUCCUACAAACAUUCUGCGGCACCUUAUCCUACCUUGCCCCCGAAGUGGUUGCUGGAUCGUCGAGUUAUACGCCCGCGGUGGAUCUCUGGUCUGUGGGAUGUGUCGUUUGGGUCAUCCUCACAGGGACGCCGCCUUUCAUGGGAACUACGCAUGCCGAAGUGUCAGAUAAGAUCCUCAACGGACGGAUAGCCUGGGGCGAUCUGGAUGGAUACCAUGUUGGGGAUGACGCGAUUGCGUUUCUGAAAGGUUUGCUACGGGUGGAUGUGAAGGAGAGGAUGACAUUAAGUGAGGCGUUGAAUCACCCUUGGUUG